CAGUAUAGCAGCUGUCAUUUACAAGGCAGCGAGAGAAGAGCGACUCGACGACGGGGGUGUUGUUGACAUUUCCCGGGAGCUCUAUAAAAGUUUACAACAGUGCUAUGGCAGUAUUGUCGGUAGCUUUAAAUGCAUGUUUUCAGCCGGUCAGUUGAAAACACUGAACCGUCAGACUGCUGUGCACUUCGGUUGAUUUUGUAGAAGUGCUUGUUAUCAGAAUGACUCGCGAUAUCAUUGUUGGAGAUGAGCUGCCCGACUGGGUCGGGGCAAAAGAGUUUUAUCAGAAGUAUGAUGCCAAAGAGGUGAUUGGAAGAGGUGUGAGCAGUGUUGUGCGCAGAUGUGUACACAAACAGACGGGGCAGGAGUUUGCGGUGAAGAUCAUUGAGAUCACUGCAGAGAAAAUGACAGAACAGCAGUUAGAGGAGGUGAAAAGCUCCACACUGAAGGAGAUCCAUGUUCUCAAGCUGGUGAAUGGCCACCCGUCCAUCAUUACACUGAUUGAUUCUUAUGAGUCAACAACAUUCAUAUUUUUGGUAUUUGACCUCAUGAGGAGAGGAGAGCUAUUUGAUUACUUGACUGAAAAAGUGACUCUCAGUGAAAAGGAAACCAGGAGCAUGAUGCGUGCUCUUCUGGAGGCUGUCCAGUAUCUACACUCACUAAAUAUUAUACACCGUGACCUCAAGCCUGAAAAUAUUCUGCUAGAUGACCAGGGACACAUUAAACUUUCUGACUUUGGCUUUUCCGUCCAACUGGGGCCUGAUGAAAAACUAAGAGAGUUGUGUGGAACACCAGGAUAUCUGGCACCAGAGAUUCUGAAGUGCUCCAUGGAUGAGACACAUGAGGGUUAUGGGAAAGAGGUUGACCUGUGGGCUUGUGGUGUGAUCAUGUUCACGCUUCUUGCUGGGUCUCCACCAUUCUGGCAUCGCAAACAGCUGCUGAUGCUGAGAAUGAUCAUGGAAGGCCGGUACCAGUUUAGCUCUCCAGAGUGGGAUGACCGGUCUGACACCGUCAAAGACUUGAUCUCAAGGCUUUUAGUGUUGGAACCCACUCUUCGCCUCACGGCCGAAGAAGCUCUAGCUCAUCCUUUCUUCCGUCAGUACCAAAAGGAGGAAGUGCGGCUCUUUAGCCCCAGGAAGACAUUUAAGGCCCUGAUCUUGACUGUGUUAGCCUGUAUACGAAUGCAGAGCCGCUACUACCGAGCCAGACCAUUAACAAAGGAGCUCCUAGCAAGAGACCCUUAUUCCAUCCGCGGUGUGCGCAAGCUGAUCGACGGCUGUGCUUUCCGCAUAUAUGGACACUGGGUCAAGAAAGGGGAGCAACAGAACCGAGCUGCUCUAUUCCAGAACACAGCUAAAAUCAUUCUACUGGGCCUUGAAGACCUUGAAAACUAAAGGGCAUUUUUUUGUUUCUGAAGAUAUUCCUCGUCUGUCCAUUUACAGUGCUUUUUAAUUUUAGCACCGUGCCACGUGACCUCAUUUUAACCACUCACUGUGGAUUUUAUGUUUUUUAAAUGUAAGUUUUAUCACAAACAUAUCGGUGGUAUCAUCUGAUAUUGCGUAUUAUAUGGACCAGCUUGAUAUGAAGAGAUAAGAAAAUAAAUAAAUAAAAUAAAUUACUUGGAUUUACAAUUACCUAACGGAGCUCGUAUCCUGUUCAAGCUCUCUAGCCUUUGAUUGGUUUUGACACAAAGCAGAUUGUAUUUGCAUUUAUUAUCAUUCGUAUGCUUUGAAAACAAUUCCAGGAUAUUGAAGACUAAACCAUAAAUGGACAAGGGAGAUGUAAUAAUGUGGAGUGGACUUUAAGCCUUUCAAUUCAAAAGAUAACAUACUUGAAACAUAGCAUUACAGAUGUGUAACCCUACUGAGAGUUGUGUGUACUGGUUUUAUUCAUUUUUAUCUUUUAAAUAUGUUUUACCACUUGUUGCUUUUAUCACAGUUGACUACACAUUAUCCAUUCAUCAUGAAGGUACUGUACUAAUUCUAAACAGGUACACAUAUAUGAAUAAUAUAUAUAUAAUUACUGUA